UUCAGUUGGGCCGCCCGCAACAGCCUAACGUGAGCAAAUGCCCACGUGUCAGUUACACUGUCAAAUUGAGGAUUGUUCGUUUCACAAUGACGCCGCGUUUACAUCGUAAUUGGUGUGUUUCCUUUUCCUGUCGUUGAUAUGAUAGUUAAACGCGUGUAGUGUUAAAAUGAAGAGUAGGUCUAACCAAACUCGGUGUAAUUUAUAUUAGCGUUUUUCACUAAACGUGUAGCUUUUCCGGCGCGAUCUUCGGGUAUCGUAUUAUUGUCAACUAUUGGCUCGAGGCUUCAUGUCGCGAUUGAACCAGACAUUUCGUUCGUUUGUCGUAAGAUGAAUGUUGUGUGCGUGUGUGUGCGUGUGCGUGUGUGUGAGGGGAGUCAAACUGUAAUUAUAUAACUGUCAUAGAUGCUCCCCCCACCACCAUCAUUCACCGAAAUUAAUUUGUGAAUGUGAACAAUGUGACUUAUUGUGCUUUAUUUAAGUGGCGUGUAUAAACAGACGAUAACCAUGUUAACUAUUGGCAGGUAGGUGUGCUAAAACGGUUAUGCUGUCGUUGCUGUAAAGCGAAAAGUAUACAGGGAGCAUACUGAAUUAUGUUUUUGGGUUGUAUACGUGUCUGUGAACAAAGAAUAGUUAUAGAAAUUCUAUAUAAGGCAAUACGAGAAACUGUUAAAUUGACACCUAGUGUAAAAAUGUCCCCUUUUGACCAAAUGACUGAUAUGUUCGAUGUUGUGAAAUAACGUGUUCGUAUCUUUAGGCAAAGUGAAGAAGUGGACUUCAACAGCUACAGAUUAGAGAGUUUUAUCAGGUGAACAUUAAUUACGUAAUUAGACGUUGUUCAAGUAUGUACCAUUUAGCCAUUUUUUGAAGGAGAAUGACAGAGAUUAUUAGCGAGACUUGAGAGAGGAAGCAGACAGCCGUCUGAGGGAGCAAAUGGAGGGAACGUGUAGUGGUGGUAAAGAUGUGGUGCACAAGUGCCACAGCGACCCUGGAAGUGCUGUGGCAGAAAGAGAGGAAGGCGAUGAUGAUCUCCGUGCCUCUGUAGCAAGAGGAAGAAGUACGAGUACGAGAGUGAAGAGCUCGAGCAGGCAUUGUCCUAGCGGCACGUCCUCUCGCAAGUGUAUCCUGACCCUGGACGGCUAUUCCUACGUCAUUGUUGCAAGCCCUCCAGAUCACCGGGUAACCAAAGAUGACAGCUCCCUUACGCACACUUCGCCAGGGCGCAAUGGCCAACUGUCUAAACAAGGGUCCCUGACCAUCGUGCGUCGGAGUAGCACCAAGAAGAACCAGAACCACAGUGGCACAGUGGCUGGCUGUCCAUCCUCUUCCUCUUUUGCUGAUGAUGAAGUGCUAGACGCGGUGGAUCUAGACACUGACAACCUACCUGCCGUAGACACGCCCGACGCCUGUGACAAAGCAGCAAUCAGAUUGCGAUGCCUGCUAAGACAAUUACAAAGAGGGGAGAUAUCAGCAGAAUUACUACAGAAGAAUCUUCAUUAUGCUGCCAGAGUUCUGGAAGCCGUCUUUAUCGACGAGACGAAGGAUCGGGGGGAAGAGGCGGGGGUGAGCAGCGACACGGAGCAGAAGGUUUCCUGUUCCUCUUCUUCCUCAACAUCACCACUGCACAGGCCGAGUGGCCCCUGUCUGGCACCCGUGCAGCGGCGUCGCCUGCGGACCCCAGUCUGGGCCAGACGCCUGGCGGACGACGACGACGAGCUAUCGGAGGUUCAACCCGACGCUGUGCCACCGGAAGUGCGAGAAUGGCUCGCCUCCACCUUUACCCGGCAACUGGCUACGACUCGGCGGAAGUCGGACGAAAAGCCCAAGUUCCGGUCCGUUGCGCACGCCAUCAGAGCCGGAAUCUUCGUGGAUCGGAUCUAUCGAAGGGUGUCCAACACGGCUCUCAUGCAGUUCCCACCAGAUGUCGUCAGGGUCCUCAAAACACUGGAUGAGUGGUCCUUUGAUGUGUUUGCAUUGAGCGAUGCAGCUUGUAGUCAACCAGUCAAGUACCUUGGGUAUGACCUCCUUAACCGAUAUGGAAUGAUUCACAAGUUCAAGGUUCCACCAGUAACUUUGGAGACAUUCCUUUCGAGGGUGGAGGAAGGUUACUGCCGGCACAAAAAUCCAUACCACAACAACCUGCAUGCAGCAGAUGUUGCCCAAACCGUCCACUACAUGUUAUGCCAGACUGGCCUCAUGAACUGGCUGACAGACCUGGAGAUCUUUGCCACUUUGGUGGCAGCCAUUAUCCAUGACUACGAGCACACUGGCACAACCAACAACUUCCAUGUCAUGUCUGGCACUGAAACAGCCCUCCUGUACAAUGAUCGAGCGGUCCUGGAGAACCACCACAUCAGUGCCUCCUUCAGAGUAAUGAAAGAUGAAGAGUGCAACAUUCUUCAGAAUCUGUCCAGAGAAGAGUUCCGUGAGUUCCGUACUCUUGUGAUUGAUAUGGUCCUGGCCACAGACAUGAGCUUCCAUUUCCAGCAGCUCAAGAACAUGAAGAAUCUACUCACGCUUGCAGAGCCUAGUGUUGACAAAUCCAAGGCAUUGUCACUGGUGCUCCACUGUUGUGAUAUUUCACAUCCUGCUAAACGAUGGGAUUUACAUCAUCGUUGGACUAUGUUGCUACUGGAAGAGUUUUUUCGGCAAGGCGACAAGGAGCGAGAGUUGGGAUUACCCUUCAGUCCUCUGUGUGAUCGAAACAACACAUUAGUGGCUGAGUCACAGAUAGGUUUUAUUGAAUUCAUUGUGGAACCUAGCAUGGCAGUGUGCAGCGAUAUGUUGGAAUCUAUUCUUGGACCAAUUCACUCUACCUGUAAGCCAAGUGAUGGUGCUCAACAAUCGAUAUCUGAGGAUGCAGAAAUAGACAGAGCAAAGAAUGGAUCUACAUCAAGUCCUAAACGUAGUUUGAAGUUCAAAAUAAAAAAACCGUGGACUGCUUGUCUGGGUGAGAACAAGAAAAGCUGGAAAGAGCAAGCAGCUCGAGAUGCUGAACUAAGAGCACAGCAGCAGCAGGAGCAAAGUGAUGGAGCUGUAACUACAGAAGAAUAGCAAUCACCAUCAGCCAGUUGAAGAUUAUGCUAUACCACAUAGUCACAAAAAAACUUCCACAAUGUGGCUGUAUGUCAUUCAAUACACACCAGUUGUGUCCAGCAAGGGCAAUUCUAAAUAUUCAGAUACCAAAAGUUUUCCAUAAUUUCUUAGGCUGGUCUUACAGAAACUUAUGGAAGAACAAAUCGACUGCAAUGUCAUGCAUCAUAUUACCAGUCUCACAUGGCAUUCAUGGUACAUCAGAAAUAUCAAUGACAUUUGAAGUCAGAUCUUCUAUUUGCCUUAACAUAGUGAUGUCAAGUUGAUUACAUUGCUAGUUCAGUAUCCUGAACCAACUUGCCAGGCUGAUGGAUACCAAUGUAGAAGAGUGUGUUCAUCAAAUAGAUCAAAUAUGUGCAGUGUGCUGCUCAGUGUGAAUUAUGCAGGGCAUAGACAAAUGAAGAUUUGGCAAAUGCAGAAAUUUGACACAGAAAAAGAAUGUGAACAUUUUAUAUUGCAUUAAUUAUACAAGUUAUUUGAUACUGAGCGUAAGUUAGUUUUGAAAGAUAUGGAUCCACCAAUAUAAUUUUCAGCUAAUGGGAAAAGCAGUACAGAUACUCAUAAACCUUCAGAAAAUUUCACAUCAGUAACAGCAACAUAAUACUUUAUGCUUUCAACCUUUAGGUACUUCCUGUGCUAUAAAAAAGUAAAAUAAAUGCUUAAUUUUUUUAUAGUUACCAGUAUAUUUUACCUUAGCACAAAAUUGAGUAAUGUCAAUAAACUUGAAAAAAUCAACUUUCCUCUUUUAAUGGACAAAGUGUGUUAUCAUUUUAUGUACACAGAUAGUUUCUAAUCACAGAAUCAAAAUACCUUUUCUACCAUACUUUGCUAUGAAAUAGAGCUGAUGGUAGCAAAUUGUGUGUGUUAUAGUGUCAAUUUAAAUGUAUAAAUAUAUGUUGAAGUAUAUCAGUACUGACUUUCCCAGUAUUCAUUUUAUUUCAGUGUGUAACUGAACUUGCUUUCAUGCCCUUGAUGUCAAAAGAUACCUGAACUAUCUGGGAUUCAGAGCUCUGUAUCAUAGAAGAAAUUUAUCAUCAUGGGUUUUGAAACAGUUGCUUUUGCGCUGAGUGUCCAAAUAUGAGAUACGUUAACAUUCAUUGUCUGAUUUACCUCUUUACAGAUGGAGUGUAAUUGUUUGCAACCCUCCAUAGUAUGACAUUAAGUACAAUUAGCAAUUUUCAUUUUGUGCCAUUUCCAUAACAGACAUAUUUUCACAAGACAUUAAGCCUUUGGAGCUGCAGAUGUAACGUCUAUAUCUCACUUUAAUACAGCCAUAUUGUCCUGGUAAUUGUUCGUCCACAAGAGUAUCUUGUCAGGUUUUACUGAUGAUACUAAAAUAAUUUUUUUUUUCUGCUGUGCAGGGAAUGAAGAGUGAUCAUUUUAUGCCAUUGAUAUUGUAGACUAGUUUAUCCACUGUCAGAUGUAGGCCUAUAGACAAUAUUAAGCCUUUUUUUUCCCAUUUAGGAUUCAUCAUCAUUUUCAGAAACCUAAAUAUUCUAAUAUUAUCUAUGCUUACAUACCCUUAAUGCCUUAAAGUGUGAUAAAAUUGGUAGUGUCUCUUUAUUACAUAUAAUCCUAAGACAAAUACAGAUAUUGCAGACUCCUGAUGGACAUAAUUUUGUAGGUGUUAUUUGUGUGGUCAUCACUACAGUUUAAUUUUGUGUGCCAUGUACGUGCUGUAAUCGAACAUGUAUAAGACACAGAUGUUGAGAACAGACCAUGAACAUUAUGAUAUUAUGAUAUAUCAAAAUGAGAAGCCUUUAACUAUACUUGUGUUUCAAGUAGUCUGAAUCAUUUGGUUCUGAAAGUGGUUUUAACAUUUUGCAUUAAUAAUGCCAUGCAUUCAGGCAAGUACUUACAAAACAAGAGCCAGUAGUCUGUAGAAGUGGUCUGCAGAUUUUGUAUUUAUUAUUUGUGACCAGUAUCCCCAAAUAAGUCAUUCCUCCAUAUAUUUUGUAUAUGAUAAAUUUCAGUUAACAUAUUUAUUUAAAGUACUAACAGACUUUAAACAAGACGUAAAAAUUAGUGGUUGAAACCAGUGUAAGGAAAUAACUGUGUUCUUUCUGACAAUUGUGAAGAUAUUUUUGGAUCAAUUUGACAUUGAAAUAGAGACUCUUUUACAGUCUUCCUUUUUGUUUAUAGUGACACUGUGUGUCCCAUUACAGAGUGAACUUCAUGUUAUCAUAAUUAUCAACGUAGGUACUCCAUAUAUUGGAAUUAAGUUAAAAACUUUCGUUUCCUAUCUCAUUCCUUGUUUAAUAUCUUUGAUAUAUUUAGCAUGUCUAGUAGUACCCAUUUCAUUUCUCUAUAAACUGAUUUAUUGCAUCAGCAAAGGAUCAUGAGUGUGUUCUUAAAUUCAAUUUCUUUUCUUUAAAUAUUACUUUACUUUAUUUUUUAUUUCUAUUUCUCUUUCUAACAGUAUCUGUUAUAGAACAAUUCCCAUUAUAGCCCAGUCACUAAAGUGUCUGGCUAUCAGUUGGACAGUCAGGGUUUUAUACCUCAUAGGGGCUGGGGGUUUUCUCUUCAUGACCUUGUUUAGAAUGGAUCUGGUACUCUUCAGGCCUCCUUGUAUUGAGCACCAGGGCUCAUACUCAAAGAGUAUACCAUCUAGACCAUAAAGAUGACACCUCAUCCAGUGCCUAGAUUUAAAAUAUGUUGAAUUUUCCUCCAUGCAAUCUCACAACAUGGUCAGUAAGCACUUGUACCUCACUCUUUUUGUAGGCAUUGUUAAGUACUAAUAUGUUGUUCUUCUCCAUAUUUUAACCUAUAAGAUUGGAUGGGCAUCUCUGCAUACCCACUGCAGUUUUAGUAGACCAUGAAUUGCUUUUGAUGACGUGUUACGGUUUGAUAAUUCAGUGACAAGAAUUUAAUAUUUUUAGGAGUGCCCAGAAUAUAAUUUAUGAAUAAUUUAUUUUAUAUCUUCACAAGUGUGAAUUGAAAAUGUAAAUGGUUUCAUUGACGUGAAGCUUCUACUCUGCCUUCAUUUUCAGUUUAUUCACUUAUAUAAUUUACCAGAAAUUUCUGUGGCAGGCCCAAUAUUAAUUUUAGCCCUUUAUGGGAAUUAUAAAUAACUUUCCUCAUCUUCACCAGACAUGAUACAUGCUUAAUAACAUGUUUCAAAGUGAACUGAACAUAAAAUUUAAGAAUGUGUCAUGAAAAGAAACACUAUCAUGGUAAUCUGGAAGCUAGAAAAUUGGAUUCAGAUACUGUUACAGCCCUGUCUCCUGCAAAUGUGAAUCUCUUACUGCAGAAGCCGCCACUUCUUUCUGUAUAUAUGCAGAUUCAUAUUCAUAUUUAUUUGCAUCCAUACUGUUACAACUGCAACACUUGAACAAGUCAACUCACUAAAUACAUCAUUGUUAAAAGCUCUAUAAUCCUAGAAUGUAUUAGACUAAAAAUAAAACUGUACUUGCCUUACAAC